AUGGUUUGCCACCUCAAGCGCACCUUGUACGGGUUGCGCCAAGCGCCGCGUGCGUGGCACACGCGCUUGAAGGAGAAGCUCGGGAACCUCGAGUUCGUGGCGUCCUUUGCGGACGCGGCCCUCUUUUCGGGAGUGGUGGACGGGGAGCGGGUUUACCUCAUCGUGUGGGUGGACGACAUUCUCGUCGCGGCCCGGGGAGCGGAGCGGAUUGCGAAGGUGAAGGCGCACUUGGCGGAGAAGUUCGACGUGCGCGACUUGGGGGAGGCGACGUUGGCGGGCGCACGGGCGCGCUCGGUUCCCCUCGGUGCGGGGGAGAAGUUAGCGAGGGAGGGGAAGCCGCUUGACACGGCGAAGUUCCCCUAUAGCGAGCUCAUUGGGAGUUUGCUCUACUUGAGCGUGUGCACACGGCCCGACAUUGCUCAAGCCGUGGGGGCAUUGGCGCGCUGCACAAGCGCACCGACGGAGGCACAUCGGACGGCAGCGCUCCGGGUGGUGCGCUACUUGGCGGGGACCGCGGAAGCCGGAAUAACCUUUGGGGGGAGCGGCGAGGUCCUAGAGGCGUUUUGUGACGCCGACUACGCGAGGGACGUCGACACAAGGCGUUCUACAACGGGGUACGUCUUCUUGAUGUACAGGAGAGCGGUGAGUUGGUCGAGCCGUCUUCAACCGACGGUGGCGGCUUCGACGGUGGAGUCGGAGUAUAUGAGCGCAGGACAAGCCGUGAAGGAGGCGUUGUGGUUCCGCAAGCUCGGAGGAGAUCUCGGGUUGAACCUCCGAAGGGUCAAGAUUUACUGCGACAACCAAGGGGCACCACGGCUCCUUAAGCAUCCGAUUGCCUCACAGCGGCCGAAGCACAUUGACGUGAUUCAUCACUUUGCGCGAGAGGGUAGCGCGGAAGGAGAUCGAGUUCGCAUAUUGCAGGACUGA